CCACUAUAAUACAGUGUUUUAGCGAAAGGUGGCAUGACAAGACCAGACAACUACGCAGUUGAGGUUGCUUAUAUUCUGUGUAGUGUUUAUUUUUGUUCGUUUCUUUCUUUUAAUAUGUUUGUGGUCAUUCAUAACAUAUUUACAUUGGCUGGAAACUGAUCCAAAAUGCGUGCUAAAACAAAAUGGUGUUUUGAUUUGCGGUCCAAUCUUCGAGCCAAAAAUUUCGUGAUUGGAUAUUGGCACCUGAUCGCCGGUCUGUUUAGCACUGUAUUCCAUUUAAUGGUUGCGUACAUUUUGACCGACGGCUUUCGAUGUGAAACCAGCAAAGAAUCCCUCCGUGCAGUCCAAUGGAGUUGGUUGGAGCCGUUUUUGCUGUGCACAAACAUGGGUGCCCACGGGUUCUAUCCUUACCCGUUAAUAUUCAACUACCACCCUAACCCAAACAUCCAAUACUUGUCGUUACCUGAGGACAAGCCUCCCUGUCACACUGUGAUGUCAGUUAUAUACGUGAAUGAUAUCAUGUACUUCCUGUUCAACGUUCUUUGGAUGUGCUUUGUCUUGUCUUACAUAAUCGGUAUUCAUAAAAGAGAUCCAGGGCCCUUGAUCACGUUCUUCAUCGCGACCUGUAUCAAGUUGGUUUUCCAGGUAAAGGGUGUAUUCGAACAGUCAUCCUUUGGCAAUGCCUUCCUGGACAUCUUGUACAAGAUCGUGGAUAUAUGUCUUAUAGUAAUAUUCCUGCAAAUUAUUUUGAAACAUAUAAAAGAGUUAAGAAAGGACAAAAAUCGAAAACAACCACCAGGAUUUUUUGAAAAUCUGUACAUCGUAAUGAAAGCGAAAGAGGAAAAAAGAAAGGAACCAGUAUUUACCAUCAGCUACAAUGAAAAGCCUCCUAUUAUAGAAGAAAAGGAAGGAAAAGUGUUGAUAUAAAAUCUUUCUACAUUA